AUGUUUGGAUUAAGACGUACACAGAUACGUGGACUCUGUUCUACAGCGAUACGAUGUGCCAAAGCACCUAACCCUUACACCAACACCAUUCUUUUACCAAAGACCAAUUUUCCUUUAAGAGCAGACGCAGCGAAACGUGAACAUUUAUUCCGAGACCGUUGUACAAAAGAUCUUUACCCUUGGCAGCUGAAAAACAAUCCAAAGGAUUCAUUUAUUCUUCAUGAUGGCCCUCCUUAUGCAAACGGAAACGUGCAUUCUGGCCAUGCCAUGAACAAAAUAUUAAAAGAUAUCAUCAACAGAUAUAAAGUCCUGCAAGGUCACAAAGUUUUCUAUCGUCCUGGAUGGGACUGUCAUGGAUUGCCGAUCGAAUUAAAAGCACUGGAACAAAUCAGAAGAAACGGCGAUGACUUAUCACCUGUGGAUAUCCGAAAGAUCGCUAAAGCAAAAGCCUUAUCCGAAGUUGAGAAACAAAUGACAGCAUUUAAAGGAUGGGGUGUGAUGGGCGAUUGGGACAAGCCUUAUUUGACCCUGAACAGCGGCUAUGAAAUUCGUCAGUUACGUGUCUUGACCGACAUGAUUAAGAAUGGACAUAUCUAUCGUCAAUUGAAACCCGUAUAUUGGUCCCCUUCUUCCAAAUCAGCUUUAGCCGAAUCAGAAUUAGAAUACAACGAAGCACAUGUAUCUCAAUCCAUUCAUGUUCGUUUCCCAGUCACCAAAUUAUCCAGCGAUUUAAACACCAAAUGGAGCAAAUACAAGGAUAUUCAUGCAUUGAUUUGGACUACCACACCUUGGACCAUUCCUUCCAAUAAAGCCAUUUCCGUUCAUCCCGAUUUAUCUUAUUCUUUAAUCAAGGUCGAUUCACAUAACUAUAUUGUUGCCACAGAUCGUGUUCAGCCUUUAACACAAGAAUUAAAUAAGGACGUCGAAAUCUUGGAGGAGGUGUCCGGCAAGGACCUUUUAGGUUGUGAAUAUCAACACCCUCUCAAUCAGCAAAUCAAUCCCAUCAUUGGUGGUGAUCAUGUGACUGCAGAAUCAGGUACAGGUCUUGUUCAUACCGCUCCUGGACACGGUAUGGAGGAUUACGAAGUAUGUUUGGCUCAUCACAUCGCUCCAUUUAGUCCUGUGGAUGAUGCAGGAAGAUUCACUUGGGAAGCAGGAGAUCAAUUAGAGGGAAAGGAAGCAUUUACGGAUGGAACAACCACCGUCAUUGAUAUGUUGGGUUCUCAUAUCAUUUUACAACAAGCCUACACACACAAGUAUCCCUACGAUUGGCGUACAAAGAAACCUGUCAUGCUCCGUGCAACUGCUCAAUGGUUUGCCAAUGUCGAACAUUUGCAGCAAAAAGCCGUGAAUGCAUUAAAAAAAGUUCGCAUGAUUCCCGAAGUCUCCAUCCGUCGUCUUGAACAAUUCACGCUGUCUCGUAAAGAAUGGUGUAUUUCACGUCAAAGAUCUUGGGGAGUACCCAUUCCUGCUUUAUACGAUCAAGAUGGAAAUGCGUUAUUAACAGAAAGCUCGGUGGAAUACAUUAUCCAAAUCUUGCAGGAACGUGGUACGGAUGUAUGGUGGGAGGAAAAGGACGAUUCUGUCUUUGUCGCUCCUGAGUAUCGAGACAAGGGUAAGACCUAUACGCGAGGCUAUGACACCAUGGAUGUCUGGUUUGAUAGUGGGUCCUCUUGGACCAUGUUAAAGAACAUGGCAGAUCGAGAUAGCAGUAAACCGUUGGCCGAUGUGUACCUUGAAGGAAGUGAUCAACAUCGCGGUUGGUUCCAAUCUUCCUUGUUAACAUCUAUUGCAGUGACAGGUAAAGCACCUUAUGGAACUUUAGUGACGCAUGGAUUUGCAUUGGAUGAAAAGGGACAGAAAAUGUCUAAGAGUAUUGGAAAUACCUUGGAUCCCGAAUUGAUCACGCACGGUGGAAAAGAUAAGAAGAAGCAUCCCGCCUAUGGUAGUGAUGUGCUGCGUUAUUGGGUUGCCAACUGUGAAUACACAAGAGAUGUCACAAUCGGACCUUCUAUCAUUGGUAUUGUAUCCGAGAGUUUACGAAAGAUCCGUACCACUGCAAGAUUCUUGUUGGGUAACUUGCACGACUUCAAUAGAGAAAACUAUGUAGACUAUGAUAAUUUACAAGAAGUGGAUCAAUAUAUGCUUCAUGAAUUGUAUCAUUAUAAUGAUCGUGUUUCGCAUGCCUAUAGUGAUUUUGCCUUCAACCGAGUUGUGCAAAAUAUCCAGAAUUUCACAAACACCACUUUAUCGUCGUUUUAUUUUGACACGAUCAAGGACCGAUUGUACAACGAGCCUGCUGGAUCCGAAUCCAGACGCAUGGCACAAACCGUCCUGUACGAAGUAUUAAAAUCUUACACAACUUCCAUUGCACCCUUUGUAUGUCACACAGCCGAAGAAAUUUAUGAAAAUUACAAGGCCAUCACACCCAAGCCCGAAUCUUCGGUUUUUAAGGCUGGUUGGUUAGAUUCAAAUGAACAAUGGAAGAAUGAUGCGUUAAAUGAAAAAUGGUCCGUGCUUUUAAAUUUAAAGAGUGAGAUUAAUCAAGUGUUGGAAUCGGCCCGUCAAGAAAAGCGUAUUCGUUCCUCGCAAGAAGCAUCCGUGUCUUUGUAUCUGGAAAGUGGAUCAAAGACAAGCCAACUCGUCCAAUCCAUGCAAGACUCAGAACUGGCGUCAUUGUUCAUGAUUAGUAAGGUGAACAUCAUGCAUGAUCAUCAGCCUAUCCAAGGCGAAUCUCAAAAGGAUUCUACAAUUCAAGUCUUCGCUGCUAAAGGGGGUGCGGAUUCUGAUCAAGCCGAAAACGUCAAUGACAAGAAACGUGGCGUUGACGGCUCGGUCCAAACAACCGAAGAAAGUGUAGGGGACGAUGACGAAGAUGGUCCAGAAGAAGACUCUUCUGUCAACUUCAGCCAUAAUAAAUAUGUUUCAACCAGGCCUAUUACCUUUUGA